CUGAGAGAUUGAAUGCAGGUUGAGAAUGUAGCUAUCUAGAAACAGGACGGACCAAAGCCGACAGCAAGCAUGACAACAAAAGGCACCCAGACCUGCUGGACCAGGGCAUUCCCCGAAGCGAGAGCUGACUCGCUGACGAAUGACGGGGAUGAUGGGAGACCGACAGUGAAUGACGAGUUGGUGUCAGUUGUCCCUGCCGUGGGCGCCGUGCCACGGGGUAGCGUCCAUGCCCACGACUGGGAUGUUGAGGGGGAAGUGGUUGGUGUUGUAUAUGUAGACUGGUCGGUGAUAGUCACUACAACAGUCUUGGUGACCUUCUGCACAACAGUGUGGGUUGCUAUUUCGGUGGAGUCGAGAAGCAGCGUCGACAAGCGGGGAUUGGUCUCGGUGGAGGGAGGAGCAGGCGCGGCAUCGGUAGUGAUCGUGAUAGGAGGUGUUAUCGCUGACUCGGGGGAACAGUCUGGUAGGAACUCAACAUCGCCGAUGCCGCUGAUUGUUCCCGCUUGCAGGCUGGAAGUUGACGGUUUGGCCGCCUAGCUGGACGUCCCAGCCCAGGACUCUGGGGAUGGCGGUGAGUAGGGCAAGCAGAAGCAUGAUGGAGGCGGUAGGCCCAACAGGACAUAAUUGAAUCAGGCACAACCGGAGGGGUUUCUUUUAUAU